AUGGCUGCUCUCGUGGACCACGCAUCACAGCCCCAGUCGCAACCGCAAAGAAACGCAAAAUCAAAAACGGCCAUCGUCAACGGAGAAACGGGCGGAGACAUGGGCCACACUGCAUGCAACGACCACGGCAACUCCGAGUCACCGUGUUCAAACACAACCCCACCUCUCCCGAUCCCCACUGUACCGGCACCUGUGGCAAACAAGAAAGGGGGAGGGGUAGGGGUAGGGGUAGGGCCGAAGCCGAAGAAAACGCUGGACCCCUCGGAGGUGAGAAUUGCAAUUGUGUACGGGAAGGAUGAUUUUGUCGCCCCAGCUAUUGUCUUGGUCAACAGUCUGUUGGCUGCAAAGAUAUCGCAAUUGGAGUCCGAUGCUUCGAUGGAGGAAGAGGAAGAGAAGGCGAUAUCUCGUGCUGUGCGCAAGGCAAAUAAGGAGCUGGCAGAACUAGUCUCUGGUCGUGAUGAUCAUCUGGCUAAAGUUGACGCAAUACAGACAAAAUAUAGCGAGCUUUUGCACGAGAUGAAGCGGCUUGAAAGAGACCAUGCUAAGGCUCGUAAACGUGCGGACCAAUUACAGAAAGAAAGGGAUCAAUCUAGGUCCGAAAUGCAGAAAGCUGUUACCGUGAAACACAAGCUUGAGAGUCUUUGCCGGGAACUUCAGAAAGAGAAUAAGAGGAUCAAGGACGACAAUAAAAAGCAUGCCGAGAAAGAGCAACAGAAGCGUGAAGAACUGUCGAACAAAUUUGAAAGUACUCUUAUGGACAUCAAGAGCCGUAUUGAAGAAGAAAAUGAUGGUGGCAGUCGCAAGGUUAAUAUGGAAGCCGAUGAACUGUUUAAAGCCAAGUUUAAAAGUCUCGUGGAUCAAUACGAACUCCGGGAGCUCCACUUUACCUCUCUCCUUAAAACGAAAGAACUCGAGGUCCAAUGGAACCUUUCACGUUAUGAGCAACAGAAAAAACUAGCGGAACAGGAAUCGCUUCGCGCAAAAGCUUUGCACCAACAAGUCUCCACAUUCUCGCAGACUGAAGCAGAGUUACGCUCUCAACUCAAUAUCUAUGUAGAGAAGUUUAAGCAGGUCGAAGACACGCUCAAUAACUCCAACGAUCUCUUUCUCACGUUCCGUAAAGAAAUGGAGGAAAUGUCAAAGAAAACCAAACGCCUAGAAAAAGAGAACCUCACACUCUCCCGAAAAUCUGAAACCACCAACCGCAACCUCUUAGAAAUGGCAGAAGAACGCACCCGCCACCAAAAAGAAUUGGAGACCCUUAAAAAGAAGAAUAUCAAGCUUGAGAAUCUUUGCCGUGCGCUGCAAGCUGAACGCACCACUCUCGAAAACAGGCUGCGGCACGGGGAUGAUGGAGACGAUCUAUUAGAGGAUUCGGACGGCGACAGUGACGAGUAUGAAGACUCGGCAGAUGGUUAUGAUGAGGAAGGCUCCGAGGAAGGCUCCGAAGAAGAUGUAGGGGAGGAUACGGAUGACGAACCAGAGGAAAUUCCACAGCAAGAAGCUACGCAUGUGGAAUUUAGGACUGGUAUGGUCGGAUCGGUUGGGACGGUCGGCACGCCAGGGGGAGGGUCAGAGUGGGACAUGGCCACCCUGCCAUAUUAUUCGGACACACGUAACGCAUUCCCACUGUCGCUCAUGUAA